UUGAGCAGCACGACGUCUAAGUAUUUGUAUAUAAGUUUAAUUGUUUCUUUUAGUUCGAUUUCUUUUAUUUUCGCUAAAUCACGCUCGCCUUGUAAACGUUCAUCCAAAAGUACAAGGUAAACGUCGAUGUCUACACGGUGUCUAAUUUUUGGGGCGACUGUGGUGUUCUGUGUAGUAGCUGGCUUAGUCUGGCUACCGACUAGAUAAUCUUUUUUUUAGAAAAAAAUAAUUCUUUUAUAUAUUGUAUUGCCUCAGGAGUUAUCUCCUGUGAACAAAACAUAAGGUCUGAACACAGACUAUAGCUGGCUAUGUAAGAGAUCUAGCAAGCGUGAUGUCCGUAAAAACAGAAAAUAAAUCGUAGAAAUAUUUUCAGCUUAAAAAUAGUGAGGGGAAACAAGACAAUUGACAGAAGUGUAUGAAAGAGUUCAAGCUGAAGAGUCAAUUAAGUUUUCAAGUCGUUCGAAACUAGACACUUUAUCAAAGCGUGUACAUAUGUAAUUGACAUAACAUACCCAUUGAAUAGUUUUCUUUUAUUAAUCCAUGUCCCGAUCUAUAAGGAAGUUUGUGAUAAUUGAAAUAUGCGACAUUUUGUGAUGGCACCGAUUUUCCUUUUUGUAUCAUUCUUGGCGUUGCAUGUAUCAUUCGGUCUGCAAAAUUGUUCAAACUGCAUCAGUGACCAAGAGAACUGCACGGAAAGUGACGGGGUUUGUGAAGGAGAAUGUAGGGACGGUUUUUAUGGUAGCUUUUGUAACAAGACAUGUCCAGAAACUUGUUUCAACUGCUCCAAGAAUUUUGACGAAAGCCAAGAGUGUUUAACUUGCAAAGAUGGUUACGGCCAGCACCCAGGAUACGGUCGCACAGAUUGUCCAGUCAAGUGCCGUAGAUCUUCAUGCCGAACUUGCCAAAAUAUUAAUAUAUGUACCCUUUGCUAUGAUAGUUUCUAUGGCAACUACUGUGGAGAGCAUUGCGGAAUAGGGUGUAAAGACAAAGUUUGUGAUAUUAACAACGGAACGUGCUUGUCAGAUUGUGAACCGGGCUAUUAUGGUGACCUUUGCGAUAAUAUUUGUACCGGAUGUGCCAAGUCUACAUGUGAGAGGAGUUCGGGAAAUUGCACUACAGGGUGUAGAGACGGCUAUUUCGGCGGACCGCAUUGUCAUAAAUGUCCAAACACAUGUCUGAGAUCUCUUUGUGAUAAAAACAACGGGAACUGUCAGAUAGGAUGCCAAAACGGUUUUUAUGGGCCAAAGUGCGAAGAAGUGUGCCCGAAGACUUGUCUGAAUCUAACAUGUGAAAUUUCCUCCGGAAAUUGCUCUGAUGGCUGCACAAAUGGAUUCUACGGCCCAAAGUGUCAAGAAAAAUGCUCAAAAGCAUGUCUUAAUUCUACGUGCGAAAUUUUGGACGGAACGUGCUCUCUCGGUUGUCAAUAUGGAUUAUAUGGGCAUGGGUGUAAAAUGAAAUGUCCAAACAGUUGUUACGAGUCCUUGUGUGAUGUUGUUGAAGGAAACUGCACAACGGGAUGUAUGGAUGGAUUUUACGGACAUAAAUGUGAAAUAAAGUGCCCUAAAUAUUGUCUAAACUCCGUGUGUGAACGGUUUUCCGGGAAUUGCUCAUACGGAUGUGCAAACGGAUUUUAUGGAACUAUAUGCGACCGGAACUGCUCCGAGACUAGUACAUGUCUCGAAGAAUGUAAACAGACUGAUACAGAGCCUCCGUGCCACUCGGAAAAUUCAACAGAUAUAAAUAUCCUGCCAGAAGACACAGACACGGACCAUAUUGACGAAAAACUUCUUCUUGGCCUAUGUCACGGUGGGGUAACUGUGUUCUUCUUAAUCGUUAUCCUGAUUGUUGUACUCCUAAGGUUGAUAAGGAGACGCACAAAGCCACAAAAGCUGAACUCAAGCUUAGUAAAUGCCAACAUUAAGGACGGUCAAAGCUACGAGAAUUUACGACGAACAAGAAAUAAAAACAAUCAAAACGACGUAGAAAUGAACGCGGUUAUAAGAAAUAGAAAUGACGAAAACAUUCUUUGUCAACAAGUGGUUGGAAGAGAAGACAAUAGGGAAGGACAGAACGAGGUCGUCGGAUGUGCACAAAGUAAGGUUCACUUCAAAGAUGGCCGAAAUGGUCAACGCAUGGGUCAGUUCAAACAUACUUUUACUGACGGAAAUUCUUCAGAACGGUGCGACUUUGGAGAAGGUGAAAAUGCAUAUUACGGCAAUACAAGGCACUGUAACAAUAUAAUUUCCCGACAAUACUACGAUAAUUGCGGUAAUGUUCACUAUGAAAUAGGCGAUAGAUACUAUGAAAACAAGAAAAGUGGUUCUAAAGAGGCAGUCGCGAGAUACUACGAAAACACACGAAGUGAUCAAUACGAAGUACCAGCGGGAUACUACGGAACCGGAGAAAAUGAUAACUAUGAAAUACCAAGGAGAUGCAACGUAAAUAAGGGAAUUGGUCCUAAACAGGCAGCCGCGAAAAACUACGAAAACACACGAAGUGAUCACUACGAAGUACGAGAGAGACACUACGGAAAUGGAAACAAUGAGUUCUAUGAAAUACCCAGGAGAAGCAACAUAAACAAUGAUCACAAACAAGCAGUCACGGAACAUUACGAAAACACACGAAGUGAUCACUAUGGAAACGAAGAAAAUGAUGGUUACGAAAUACCCAGGAGAUGCAACGUAAAUAAGGGAAAUUACCACAAAGAAGCGGUCAGGAAAAUCUACGAAAAUACUGGAAGUGAUCGCUACAAAGUGCCUACGGUGCACUACGGAAACUCAGAAAAAUAAUCACUAUGGAAUAAUCACUAAGAUACUACAUGAACAAGAGGAUUGAUCACAAAGUCUUAGUCACACAUACGGCGCAAAUAGCUACGUCGAGCUACGGAUAGAAACAUAGUAACCCGUAUCGAUCCGUACCUGAGCCGUACGAAUUGGUACGAACUGAUACGGCUUACUACAUUAAGGUACGUCUCAGGUACGUUUCAAUACGGGUCGAUA